AUGUACACAGUACCUGAGCAUGCUGUCUAUAAACAUUUUUAUCUUUAUACUCUUUCUUUCUCACGCUCUAUCAAUUUCUCUAUUUUUUUUCUUUUUACUUCAUUCAUUUUUUAUCUUUUUUGUAUUUUCAUUUCCUCAUUCUUUAUCUUUUUUUUCUUUUUUAACAUCUUUACUCUUUUAUUUUCUCUAUUUCUUCAACUUUUUAUUUCAUUCAAAUGUUUUUUAUUUUACUCUUUCCUAGACUUUCUUUUUCUUUCAACUUCUUUUAACAUUCUUUCUUUUUUCUUUCUUUUUUUCUCUCUCACUCUUUCUAUUUCUUCUACUAUUUUCUUCCAUUUUUAUCUUUCUUGCACUAUCUUUUUCUUCUCUUCUAAGAUCUUUGUUUUUAUAUUCUUUUUCUCACACUCUUUCAAAAUCCACUAUUUCUUCUACUUUUUACUUCCUUCACUUUCUUACACUUUCUUUUUCUUCAUUUUUAACAUCUUUACUUUUAUGCUCCUUCUCUUUCACACUCUUUUUCAUCUUUUCUUUUGGAUUUUUUCUCUUUCAUUCUCUUUCAAUUACACUAUUUCUUCUAAUUUUUACUUCAUUCAUUUUUCUUAUCUCUCCUGCAAUUUUUUUCUCUUUUUCAUUCUCUUUCUUUUCUUUAACAUCUUUACUUUUAUACCCUCUCUUUCACUCUUUUAA